AUGAGGGUCGCAAAAGCUGCUUGCCUCCUCCUCCUCUGCAUCGCUUUGAUGACUGUCUGCCUCCUUUGGCGUCUCAAUUUUACCCGGCAGCUGGUCUGGCGUUGGAGACGUUCUGAAACUCUCCUCUUCGAUCAUCCUACCCCGACUGAACAAGACUCGCCAAAGUCCGACAUGCUACUCAGACAGGCGCGUCAAACUGUCAACGAACUAUGGAGGCUGACUAACACCCGCUUCAACAUCCACAAUCAAACAUCGCCACCAAUAAGACAAUUAAACAGUCUCCUGUCUCAAGCCACACUUCAGCUCACGGUCAGAUUGAGUCUUCUGGACAAGCUCAGCGGUCGGCGAGAAAAAAGACGUGAGAAAGUGGAUGCCCUGAGCUCAGAAUUGCGACACCAGAUUUCCAGUCUGCAGAAUCCCCACGACUGUAGUCGGUCUCGUUUCGCUCUGGCAGAUGUGUGUUGCGGGUGUGGAUUAGGGUGUCUAGCGCAUCACAUGGCCUUGAAAUUCUCCUAUUCCUUCGCGACCAGUCGCACUCUGCUGGUGCAGAAGACAAAUGACUGGAAAGACUUCUUCAUGCCGCUGUCUAACUGCUCGCUGACGUAUGCCGAAGGACAGCCAGACGUUCCUCGUCUAGAAAACACACUUCCGAAGAUAAGCAAGGGUUACCAUGCCCCGGCAAUGCCAAGGGAGUGGUCAGCGAAACUAAGCGAUCCACUGGGCGAUCCUUUCCCAUGGUACCGUGGACAUCUGCUGGAUUACAUUCUUCGUCCAGGACAUCCGGCGUUGCACCACGAACUAGAAAUGGGGUUGCGGCAUUUGAGGAAAGAUUUGGACGGCAAACGGUAUGAGGGACCAACAGCUAGUGUACACGUUCGUCGAACCGAUAAACUCCAUGUUGAAGCUUCCUUCCAUGCACUUGAGGAAUACAUGCGACACGUCGAACGCUUCUUCGAUCUAAAGGAGGUGGAAUACAGUUUAGAAACUGGCAGUACAAGCCCACCUAUCUGGUCUGGACGAAGACGUGUCUUCUUGGCUUCUGAUGAUGCAUCAGUUUUUCAGGAGGCCAGAUCGCGAUACCCGAGGUACGAAUUUACUGGUCAACAUAGGAACGGAAGCGCAUACAAAAUUCGCACGUCUGCCGUCGGUCUGUUCUCCAUCACGCUGGACCUGCAUCUCCUGGUUGCGGCCGACUUCCUGGUUUGCACAGGCAGCUCCAACAUUUGCAGGCUUGCCUACGAACUGCUCUCGACAAAGUCCCAGAUCCACGGUGAUGCCGUCUUCCAGAUGCAAUCAGUGGAUAAAAUGUACGAAUGCAGCUUCUCCCAACAGCGCUGGUGGAGAGCCAUUGCAGACUUCAAGCAGGAGGGUGUCCUGUUGGGGGACCGUGUGUCCAUCACAUCAACACAAUGGGACGGCUUUGCGCAGACGACUGUCAUGUCGCCAAAGAAGCGUAAGGCUGCCCUGCCCGCUUACCUAUUUCAAGAGAUUGUUCAAACGGUCUGGUAA